AUGGAAGCUGUUCGACGAUCAUGGAAACUGCAGGAAUUUGUUGCUCACAAAGCAAAUGUCAACUGCCUGGCCAUGGGCCACAAGUCCAACCAGGUCUUGGCCACUGGUGGCGAUGAUAAAAAGGUUAAUUUAUGGGCCAUUGGAAGGCAAAGUUGCCUAAUGAGCUUGAGUGGACAUACAACUCCUGUAGAAUGUGUAUGUUUUGGUCAUUCAGAAGAUUUAGUUUGUGCAGGAUCACAAACUGGUGCCUUAAAAAUUUGGGACUUGGAAGCAGCUAAAUUGUUAAGAACAUUCACUGGACACAAAGGAGCUAUAAAAUGUAUGGAUUUUCAUCCAUAUGGCGAUUAUUUGACAACAGGUUCUUGUGACAGUAAUGUAAAAUUAUGGGAUACCAGAAAAAGAGGCUGCAUUGUGACUUAUGCAAGUCACCGUCUAGCUGUUAACAGCUUACAAUUUAGCCCUGAUGGACAAUGGAUCGCAUCUGCUUGUGAGGAUGGUUUGGUAAAAGUGUGGGAUGUUCGGGUGGGCAAAGUAUUGCAAGAGUUUGCAGAGCAUACUUCAGCAGUGACAUGUGUAAAGUUUCAUCCUCAUGAGUUUCUUCUAGCUAGCUGUGGUACAGACAGAACUGUUAAUUUCUGGGACAUGGAGAAAUUCCAACUAGUUUCUAAACUUGAAAAAGACAACACAUCUAUUAGACACAUGGUGUUCAGUGAGGAUGGCACAACAUUACUUGGAUGUGCUAAUGAUGGGUUGCAUGUAGUUGGAUGGGAACCAGCCAGAGUGUUUGACACUGUCCCUGGACAUUGGGGACAAAUUCAUGACAUAACUGUUGCACAAACUCAACUAAUAGCAGGAUCUUUCCAUUCAACUUAUGUGGUGUUAUCAGUUGUUGAUCUCAGCAAAGUUCAUCCAUUUGGAGGAUCUCCACCAGUUUCUGCACCAGUGGUGAGGGAUCUAUCACCAUUCCAAAAAGGCCACUCGGUUCGCAAGAGUUUUUCAAAAGAAAAACCACCUAAAGAAGUGAUCCAUAGACCAACAUUGCUCGACGAGAAAACAGCUGAAGAAUCUACUUCAGGAACUGAAGCGGAUGAGGAAUCAGGUGCUGUUAUAUCAAAUUUCAAUGAUUACACUGAAAUAUUUCGACCCGCUAGAACACUGAAUCGCACGCCUCCCCCGGCUACUAGCUUAACACUGGAAGAUUACACACCAGUGCAAGCAGCCUCACCCCCCCUGGAGAGCCCGCUGGGCAAUACCAUGCGCGAGCUGAUGGCGGGGGGGGCGGGCCCGGCGCGGCCGGCGCCGCAGCCCUCGCCGCCGCAGCGCCAGCGCGCCGACCACUACUCGCGCAUACCCACCUCCACUAAGGAACAUUACGUGGUUGUCGACAAGAAAAUUGACACCUUUGCCAGGGUGAUGGACAACACUAAAGAAAAUAAUGCAUUCGCGUCAUCGCAUACGUUACGGGACUAUACCGCCAGCCCGCUCACGUCGAACUCGCUUAACCGACAUAACUCCUACAAAGAAACAAAGUCUACUACUGAUUUGACAACGAGCAACCUUCGACCGAGUAACAGUGAAGUAUCCUUGGGACCGCCGUCUUUGGGACCUAGAUCUUUGUCGUUCACCAGGGCGGCUACUGCAGAGAGUACAAGGCGAAGAGUAGAAACAACCAGGGAAACCAUAACGGUAUCUUGCAACCUUGAAACUCCAGAAGCCGAGCCGGAAACAGAGUUCGUCCCUUACACUACCGACAGACCGGUCGGGCUUGAUCUCGAUGAAUUUUUACCUCGCACCAUGGCGGGGGGCGGCGCGAGGCGCGGGGCGCGCGGCGGGGUGGCCGAGCCCAGCGAGCAGGAGGUGCUGGGCGUCAUGAUGCGGGGACACGACUCCAUGAUGGCCGUGCUCACCGCCCGGCAGCGCGCACUACAGAUAUUUCAUUCCGUCCGUGUCAAUAAAAGUCUGAAGUGUGCAUUAGAAUCAGUUAUCGCACUGGAAGAUACGUCCGUUAUUCUUGAUAUUCUCAAUGUCAUGGCACAUAAACCGUCCUUGUGGAACUUAGACAUCUGCCUUCUGAUGUUACCAAAAAUAUAUGAAUUACUGCAGAGCAAAUACGAGUCAUAUAUGCAAUGUGGUUGCAAUGCCUUGAGAUUGAUAGUUCGCAACUUCUCCUCUGUGGUGCGAGCAAAUGUCAGUGCGCCAGUACGCACACUGGGAGUAGACAUUCCGCGUGAAGAACGUUACGCAAAGUGCAUACAAAUACACCGACUACUUCUUGACAUUCGGGCCUUCUUGCUCAAACGACAAACGCUCCAGGGUCGUCUUGGAGCAGCUUUUAGAGAUCUACACAAUCUUAUGCAACAAGGGCUUGACUGA